AUGGUGAACUUCAAGCUCGCGCGCGGGCCGAACUCGCUCGCGGGCGUCGCGGCGACGCCCGCGGAGCAGGACGGGACGUACGUGAACAAGAAGGCGACGCGCGCGGCCGCGGGCGCGACGCCGUGCGUGGUGAUCGCCGCCGAGGACUUGAUGCGAGACGCCUCCCCCCCGUCCUCCUCCUCCUCCUCCUCAUCCGCGCCGCCGCCUCCUCCCGCCGGGUUCGCGCUCCUGCAUCCCUCGAACCCGCUCCUCGCGCGUCACGGCGUCGACGCGCGCGACGGCCGCGGGCGCGUCGUCCUGCUGACGCUGCAAGGCGGCAGCGACUGCGUCGUCCGCGCGGUCGGAUGCGAUCGCGUGCCGCCGGGGAGGUGCGCGCUGGAGCUGGAGACGCGGUAUAACCUGCACGUCGCGGAGGACCAGGAGGCGACGUUCGCGCCGCACGUCGUGGAGGACGAGGAGAAGCACGCGCUCGCGGACGCGGAGAUCGAGCUGAGGCUGCUGAGAGGAGGAGGAGGGAGGAGGGGACGCGGGGGGAACGGCGGCGGCGGCGGCGGCGGCGGCGAGGAGGAGGGGGAGGAGGAGGAGAACGACGACGAGGAAGACACCGACGACGACGACGACGACGACGCGCUCGUCGACGUCGACGGCGACGCCGUCGCCGCGCACCUCUCCGCGCGACUGCGAGACCGAUGGGUGUGCGCGGGCGAGAUUAUCAUGAUCGACGGCGGCGGCGGCGGCGGCGACGACGACGCGUUCCCUCCGAUGCGCGCGCGAGUCGUGUCCGUGAACACCCUCCCCGCGACCGCCGCGGCGACGACGCUGGGGUACCACUGCUUCCGCGGCGUCGCGCGCGAGCGCACGACGUUCAUCGUGCACGCGGAGGGCGACGGCGAGCGCGACGACGUGGUCACGCGAGGCGGGGGCUUAGUCGUCGCCAACUCGAAGACGCGCGCGAGGGACUCGGUCGCCGCGGAGGCGGCGCUCGCGAGAGAGGUCGUGCGCGUGACCACGAGCGACGGCGAGACGUUCCCGGUGCACCGACGGCUUCUUCGGCCGUGCAUCGCGCUGACGCGAGCGAUACGAGACGCGGGAGCGGACGGGCCCGCGGUGAGUUCGGGGAAACUGGCGCGAUGGGAACGCGAAGAACGCGGCGGCGAACGCGACGGCGGCGGCGGCGCGGACGCGUCGACCGAUCCGUCCGGGUCGCCGCGGGAGGAUCCAAAUCCAAAUCCAACGCCAACGCCAACGCCGAGCUCGAGCUCGAAUCCGUCCGAGCCGCCGUCAGCGACGGUCGACGUGGACUGCGGCGCGUUCGACAAGACGUUGGCGUGGCUCGAGGCGCGCGAGCUCGGCGCGGCUCUUCCGGAGCACGACAUCCGCGUCACCGAGGACCUCCUCGCGGCGUCCAUAACGCUCGGACUCCGAGAGUUACAAGACGCGUGCGAGCGGAGACUCGGCGCGCACGAGGCGCGAGUCCGCGUGCACGCGUGGGAGGACGUGAAGAGACACAACGCGAACGGAGGCGUGUGGAUCGUGAUCGACGGCAUGGUCUUGGGUGCGUUCGUCCUCGUCCUGUCUUGCGAACGUUACCCGGUUUUCAUUCACGAACGCGCUCAUCGAUGCCCCCCGCAUCGGUCGUCAGACGUGAAGCGUUGGCUCCCCGAGCAUCCCGGCGGCGACCGCAUCAUCCCCGCGCAGUCGCUCGACGCCGAGGCCGCGCGGCACUUCGAGCUGUAUCACAGCAGCCGAGAGAGUUUUCUAUACCUGAAGCAUUUCUACGUCGGCGAGGUCCGGAGCGAGGAUCGACCUAAGGUGCCGCUCGUCCGAGGAGAGGCGCGCGCGUCGGACGAAUUCCUCGCGCAGUUGAGGGAGUACACCGACGACUUCAGGAUCGACGCGAGCGGCGGCGGGGGGGAGGAGGAGGAGGAGGCGCGCGUGGCGGUCCACUUGGGCGUGCGUUCGCGGAAGGAGGCGUAG